AUGUGUGCAUGUGAGACUGUCCCACACGACGAUCAGAAUGGACAGGAACGCAGUCUGUUCCCUGUGGAGAUCGACGAAAAGCAUACCGAUGAGGAGGCCAAGAGAUGCAAACUACUGGACCUCGGCAGGAGCAUUGCCCUGGCGAAACUUCAUGGGCUCGAAGAUGUCGUCGAAGAACAGGUCGCAGAACGCGAGGAACAAGAGAAAUUGAAAAAAACACCUUCCAAAUUCGAGUCCUUCAAGCGAAGGCUUUUCCCAAAGAAGGAAACCGAAAGGGAAGAAGAGGAGCGCCACAGUCAAACUGAGCCCGAUCCGAUCGAAAACCCAGCUGUGACGAGCGAAGCUGAAGCAGACGGUGAUAUACCGUUUUUCUUCCGUCAAUACGCGCAGCAGUAUCCAUUUGGAAACGUGCAUAUGGCACUGCGUGUUGGUCCGCUGGUGAUUGAGAAUGGGGUUCCGAACACCAAAGGAGGAGCCCUCAUUUCACUCCGGGAGUACCCAGUCUUCCACGACCGACCUAACAUCGGAGACCAACACAGGCUCGCGAUAGUGGAAGACGAAGAAAGAUAUGUCUGGGAACAGAAACAACGCCCUGAGGAACAACGCCCUGAAGUGGAGACAAGGAAGCGAUACAAAGCUGUCAUGAAGCAAGUUGUUGGGGCGCCCUUUACUGGACUUUUGUCAAGUAGCGAAGAUGCCGAGCAACAGAAAAGGAUCAUCGAACCUCUGAUCGAGGGAAGCCAACGGCGAUUUGACGAUGCGGGCUUGCCUCAGAAAGACAGAAGCUCGUUGCUGAGAGAUGCUUUGAAGCCAGUCAUGGAAAGAUUGAAGAAUCUACUGGGACACAGAGUCAAGAUUUACUUGUCGAGCGUUGUGUACCAGCUUCUCAACGAAAAGAAUUCCCUUCGAUGGAGUAGCACAGGUAACAACUGCCAGACAUUCUGCAACAAUCUCAUCGAAAACAGCCUUUUUGGCUCUCUGACCACUGGUGGAGGAGUGGAAGGCCAGACAUCGUCGUCUCCAUUGUACUUGAUGAGCUUCGUCUGCCCACAGGAGGGCUACCUCAGAAAUCGAGUGCGCACAAAGUACGACGUACCAUGUGGACUGACUGAAGAGUAUCUCCUCAAGUUCCACUUUGGCCGCCAUGACGAAGUAGAUAUCAUCGACGAUCUACAAGAAUACUGGUACGACUGGGGUGCUUUUGGAGCUCCACUUUACAAGAACCAAGAUCUGUUUCCCUGGGAUUGCAGUGAAGCGUAUGGGAGAUACCAUACCAAAUGCAAUGAUUGCAAUCUGGCAAAGCAUAUUUGGGCUUUUCCAUUUGACUCAUGGUCAAUGAUCGAGUUGCAUUUGCAUCGGGAUUCUCAAAUGUAUCCGUCUUCAGAUGGGAAAUGGAUGGAAAACCGUCUUAAGGUACUCGCUGCUGCUUCCCUCCUUGCCCGAGCGGCAACUGGUAUGGUUAGAUCGAAAAGAUUCCGUGACGAGACUGAGUGGUUAAGCCCGAUGUCGGACAUGUCUUUGAACAAAGAGCUUGGCUUGGUGCGUGUCAAACUUGGUGGUAUUCAUCGUGCACAACCGUUCAGUCAUUAUUUUGAGGCUGGCAGAUACUAUGUCUAUUUCCAGGCUGAGUGGGCUAUAAGAAACCGACCGCAGCAGAUUAUAGAGUACGAGGCUCUUCGAGAUCAACGAAUGAAGAGAAAGGAACUCGGAGGAGGUGGUGGUGGUGGUGGGGGCGAGCUCUCCACCAACAACAUCGACCCCCAUGCUGCAGCGAUGCUUGAACAACAGUUCCAAAGUUUCUUUGGACUUGCAAUGGCCGAGAUUGACAUUCCAGCUGCCGGUGAAUCUGACGCACACAACCAAAAUCAUGAUGAGGAUGCAAAUCACACUGAGCGUGAUCAGGAUCCAAUUAACAGCACUGCUUCUACCACCAACUCUGGUCACGAUUCCGAUGCCACCUCCCAUGUUUCCUCUCAACAUGAUGAGACCGUCGAUGAUCAUACCGACGUUUCUACACCGAGUGCACCAUCCCACACUGCAGGCUCGAGCAGUCACCAACCUUCAUCGCGGCACUCCGGUCGCGAUGAUACCUCCGAUGUUGGAAGUCUGCCUAGUGGUUUCAAUCAUCUUCAUUCGUACAACCACCGCUCUAAGCCAUCUGGAUUCUCAUCAUAUCAUCCGUCGUCAUUGCAUGACCAUCACUCAAGUACGAACGAUCACCAUUCAUAUUCCCCAUCCUAUUCUUCGGCAUCCUAUUCUUCGGCAUCCUAUUCUUCACCGUCGCAUUCUUCGACAUCAUAUUCAUCGCCGUCGUACUCUUCGACAUCUUACUCUUCGCCGUCGUACUCAUCCCCAUCCUACGGCGGAACAUCAUCCUCUCAUGGACAUUCAUCAACAUCUUACGGCGGAACCUCCUCAUCCUAUGGCGGCAGUUCGUCCCGUGGUGGAGGCUCUAACAGUUACUCGAACGAUUACUGA